AUGAGUCCUUUCAGAAUGCUCAGCCGGGCAUUGCCCAGAUUAGCUCUUCGACAACCUGCCGUCCGCUCCGCUUCCUCCAUUUCAAGACUUGCGGCUCGUCGACCGCUAUGGCAACCGGCAGUGAGAUCAUCGUAUCCUGCCUUCUCUACGUCCAUUGGCAGAAGAGAGCCCGCUGGUGAAUCGGACCAAGAACUUUCCGAGAAAUUCAACGCCGAAAGAACGCUAGAGCUAGAGUCCAACGACGCCGACAAGGUUUCCUCUAUCGAAGAGUUUCUACAGAAUAGCCUUUGGAAGAUCGAAGAUAAGCCCGGUACACACGAAGUCACCCUGACAAGGGACUUCGGAAACGAGAAGGUCAAGGUCCAACUCAGCGUCGCCGAACUCGACAGCUUGGAAGAAGAUGAUGAAUUCGAUGAUUUGGAUGACGAUGGUGCUCUAGACGAUGAAGCAGACUAUGGCAGGGGCAAGAAUACGAUCAAUCAAUCAGGGACAAGAGGCGGCAAGAUCGAUGUUCUACCCGAGGACAGCAUCUCACCCGCCGACAGAGGUGAAUCUGACGAAGCCAAUCUCGACAAUGCUCUCCCAGCCUAUCCGAUCCACUUGACGAUUACAAUCACGAAGCCUAGCCAACGUGCACUUGAGAUCCGAGCUGUUGCAGCAGAAGGGGCUAUUGAGAUUGAAACCAUCAGCUUCUUCCCCAAUGAGUCUUUACUCGAGGCACAAACACCCAAAGACGCUCAAGAAGCCCGCAGCCUAUAUGCCGGCCCGCCAAUCAGCAACCUAGACCCUGAGCUCCAAGCAAUGCUUGACAAAUAUCUCGAGGAGAGGGGCAUCGACGCCCAGCUCGCCAGUUUCCUGCCAGAGUAUGUCGAUUACAAGGAACAGCGGGAAUAUGUCAAGUGGCUUGACGAUGUGAAGCAGUUCGUUGACGAAUAG